UUCCGGCUCGGUCACGCCCCGUGGGCAGGGCAUAAGCGGGCGGGCUGAGCUGGAGCAUCCCCGCGGUUUCCUAGGAGACGAAACACAGCACGCCAUAGCUUCACAAGGGAGUGAACAAGGUAAGCGGCCGGCGCGGGCACGUAAUCCCGAGCUGGCAGCCGGGCCGCCACCCUACGUCCGACCCAGCCCGAGUCUGUCCUGCGAGGCGGCCCGGCAUGUCCCCUCGGCUCCCUGCCCUACCAGAGCCAACCUCCGCCGAGAGAAAGGGCCUGGACACUGGGUGUUCAUAAGAAUGGAAGCACUGUUUCCUUGCCAGAUUCCUUAUUGCUAUAUCUUAUGAACCUACAUAAUCUUGGGGAAGAGCCUGUGUUUAAUGAUGAGAAGCCUGUCACCAGUGUAGCAACAACAGUCUAAGGGCAAAAACGAACAAAAAUAAAGACGCAGUUAUAUUUAUAGUCAACAAGGAAGUCAUUGCAGUCAACAACUUGUGCUGCAUUAUUUUUCCAAGAUGAACCGAUACACAACCAUGAGACAGCUGGGGGACGGCACUUACGGGAGUGUGCUGAUGGGCAGGAGCGUCGAGUCAGGGGAGCUCGUGGCCAUCAAAAGAAUGAAGAGAAAGUUCUAUUCUUGGGAUGAAUGUAUGAACUUGAGAGAAGUUAAGUCUCUGAAGAAACUUAAUCAUGCCAACGUGAUUAAACUGAAAGAAGUUAUCAGAGAAAAUGACCAUCUUUAUUUUAUAUUUGAAUAUAUGAAAGAAAACCUCUAUCAAUUAAUGAAAGACAGAAACAAGUUGUUCCCUGAGUCGGUCAUCAGAAAUAUUAUGUAUCAAAUAUUGCAAGGGCUGGCAUUUAUCCAUAAACAUGGCUUUUUUCAUAGGGAUAUGAAACCGGAAAACUUGCUUUGUAUGGGCCCAGAACUUGUGAAAAUUGCUGACUUUGGACUUGCAAGAGAAUUAAGGUCACAGCCACCGUAUACCGAUUAUGUAUCCACCAGAUGGUAUCGUGCUCCUGAAGUUUUAUUAAGAUCUUCAGUUUACAGCUCUCCCAUUGACAUGUGGGCUGUUGGGAGUAUAAUGGCUGAACUAUACACGUUAAGACCACUUUUCCCAGGGACGAGUGAGGUCGAUGAAAUCUUCAAGAUUUGCCAAGUUUUAGGGACUCCCAAAAAAAGUGACUGGCCGGAAGGGUACCAGCUUGCAUCCUCUAUGAAUUUCCGCUUUCCCCAGUGUGUUCCUAUAAACUUAAAAACUCUUAUUCCCAAUGCCGGCAGUGAAGCUAUUCAGCUUAUGACUGAAAUGUUGAGCUGGGAUCCAAAGAAACGACCAACAGCGAGCCAGGCAUUGAAACGCCCAUAUUUUCAAGUUGGUCAAGUAUUAGGCCCUUCCUCACAUCAUCUGGCAUCGAAACAGCCUUUAAAUAAGCACGUGCAACCACUAGAGUCAAAGCCACCUGUCGCUGAUCUAGAACCUAAGCCUCUGCCAGACAUAAGUGACCAGACUGCCGGACAGCCCCAGCCGAGAAACAGCCACCAGCCACUGCGGUCCAUCCAGCCGCCACAGAACACGGGUGUCCAGCAAACGCCCAAGCGGCAGAGUCAACAGAAACAGCCGCCAACACUAUUUCCAAGUAUCGUCAAAAACAUGCCAACCAAGCCAAAUGACACUCUGGGCCUUAAAGGUGCCAGGAGGCGCUGGGGUCAGCCUGUGGUCAAGGCUGAGGACGCCUGGGAAGAGUCUGAGGACCGUGACUUCGGAGCCUCCCAUUCCAAGAAGCCAAGCAUGAGUGUUUCCAAAGCAACGAGGAGAACAGAUUCUCCGUUUCGGCUUCCAGAGUCAGUACCUGCAGGCCCCAACCACUCAACAGGGGAAAACAAGAACUUACCCGCUGCUCUUUCCCUAAAAUCUGAUUCUGAAUUGUCAACUGCUUCAACAGCUAAACAGUACUAUUUGAAGCAAUCAAGAUACCUUCCAGGUGUAAACCCCAAGAACGUGUCCUUGAUAGCCAGUGGAAAGGAUGUGAACCCAUAUACCUGGAAUAGCCAGUUAUUUCCUAAGUCGCUGGGACCCAUGGGGGCAGAACUUGCUUUCAAAAGGAAUAAUGCAGGAAAUCUGGGAAGUUAUGCUACUUACAAUCAGUCAGGAUAUAUUCCUUCCUUUCUCAAAAAAGAAGUGGGGUCAGCUGGCCAGAGGAUACACUUAGCACCACUCGGUGCGACAGCUUCAGAAUAUCCCUGGAACACAAAAACUGGUCGGGGGCAGUUUUCAGGACCUACUUAUAAUCCUACAGCCAAGAAUCUAAAUAUUGUGAACCGCGCACAGCCAGUCCCCUCCGUGCACGGGAGGACAGACUGGGUGGCCAAGUACGGAGGCCACCGAUAGGAGUCUGGUGUGAAGUCCCACAGCAUCGCUCCACAGAGCCUGUGCAAGUCCCCUGACCCCAGGAAAUGUCUACAGAUGUCUAUUUCUACUGAGUUCUGGGAGAAAUAUGUAAUAGUGGGUACUUUGAAGAGCAAAACUCACCUCCUGUUUUCUUUCUUUCCUAGAAAUGAAAUGCGUUUUCUUAGCAUCAUUGCCCACAGUGCUGAUAUUAUGGGUAGGACUUUACAAAGUACUGAAUAAACUAUUUGCCAAAGUGUCAA